UCAUUUUUGUAUAUCAGCAUUAUGAUUAACAUAUUCAAUUAACAUUCAAUUAAAAUUAUAUACGUAAUAUUUUUUUAAAUAAUAAUAACAAUAUUAUUAUAAUAUAAUUCAUAAUUAAUUUGUUAUAUUAAUUAUAAUAAUUAAUCAAUAUCCAAUCAAAAGUCAAUUCUAAAACUUAUAGAAAUGAUUUAUUAUAUAUGAAAUAAUAUAUUUGCAAGAAUUGAUUCUCAAAAUAGUAUUAAAAAAUUAUAACAAAAUAAUUUUAUAAUAGGGAUAUAAAAAAGUACUGAAAAUUAAUAACAUAAAUAAAAAAGAAAGAUUAAAUUUUGCAAAAAAUUAUAUCAUUAAAGACGUUAUCUUUUGAGAUACUAUUAUAUUAUCAAAUAAAUGAAAAUUUAUAUUUUUCAUUCAUAUAUACUGUAAUGUACUUAUUUGAAAGAAAAAAAUGAAUAUUAAAAAUUUAUAUUUUUACAUAAGAAUUUAAAUCGAAAAAUAAAAUUAUUUUAUUAUAAUAUAAAAAUAUGUGAAAACUGACGAAAAUUAUAUAAUUUUAAAUAAAAAAAAAUAACAGUAACUAUUGAAUACUUUGACGCAACAGGAUGGCGAUACCAACUAUUACAUUGAAUAACGGAUAUAAAGUUCCUGUAUUAGGACUUGGUACUUGGCAAUCUGCAGAUAAUCCAGGUGUCGUCGAACAAGCUGUACGAGAUGCUAUUGAUGCCGGAUACCGACAUUUUGAUUGUGCUUACAUUUAUAGAAAUGAAAAGGAAGUAGGCAAAGCUCUACGUGAUAAAAUUGCGGAAGGUGUAGUAAAGAGAGAAGAUCUAUUUAUCACAACAAAGUUAUGGAAUACAACGCAUAGAAAAGAACAAGUAAUACCAGCAUGCAAGACAUCGCUUAAAAAUUUUGGAUUCGAUUAUGUUGAUCUUUAUCUUAUCCAUUGGCCCAUGUCUUAUGAUGAAGUAAAGGAGGAAGAUGGUUUUUGGCCCAAAACUAAAGAUCUGUAUGAGAAUGUGGAUUAUUGUGACACAUGGCAAGGAAUGGAAGAAUGUGUAAAAUUAGGAUUAACGAAAAGCAUAGGCCUUAGUAAUUUUAAUUCCCAACAGAUCGAUCGUAUUUUAUCAAUUGCUCAAAUCAAACCUGUCAUGAAUCAAAUAGAAUGCCAUCCAAAUUUAAAUCAAAAAAAGCUUCGAGAUUUUUGCAAACAACGUGAUAUAGUUAUUACGGCUUACAGUCCACUUGGUUCCCCUAAACGUAAUUGGGCGAAACCUACUGAUCCACAAGUAGCAAUCGAAGCAUCAGAAAUUCUCGAGAUUAGCAAAAAAUAUGAAAAAACGCCAGCACAAGUUGUUUUGCGAUAUUUGAUCGAUAUUGGUACUAUUCCUAUUCCGAAAUCUAGUUCAAAAGAGCGUAUUAAACAAAAUAUCGACAUUUUUGACUUCAAACUAUUGCCACAAGAAAUUGCAACCAUUGAUAAACUUGACUGCGGACUUCGUAUUUGUCCUGCUAAAGAAUGUGCAGAUCACAAGGAUUAUCCCUUUAAUAUAGAAUUUUAAAAAAUUUAUCAAAAACAAUUUUCUCUUUUUGCAUUUUUCGAAAAUAUUAUUCAUACAAAUAUUAUUCAUGCGUACUAUUACUAAUAUAUUAUAAUGUUAUUCACAUUCAUUUGUAAUUGUCUUUAAUUUUAAUAAAAUAUUCUAAACAUACUGAUUAAAAAA